CAUUUUGAGAAGAAUCGGAGAUUCUUUCGCGCCUGAAACAUUGUCAUAAUUUGCCACAAAUUGAGACAUAAAUUCAUAUCGAGUACGGUCAUUGUGAUGAUCAUAUAUUAAAGAAAGAAUAAGUUGCAUUUAUAUACCAAUUUUCCAGUCAUGUUCUGGAAGUUUACGUUGCUGACGUCGCACAUAGAGACGCUCCUUGAAAAAGAGGAUGUCACCCUACAGGAGCUUAUGGACGAAGACGAUGUUCUUCAAGAAUGUAAAGCUCAAAACAGGAAGCUCCUAGAUAUGCUAGUCCGUCCUGAUAUCAUGGAAGAACUGGUGAACUUUAUAACGCAGGAGCCUGUUGAAGACACUGAUGAAAAAGUUAGAUACAAAUAUCCUAACACUGCUUGUGAGUUACUCACAUCUGAUGUAUCUGUCAUCAAUGACAAAUUGGCUGGGGAAGAAGCCUUGCUGAACAAAAUCUACAGUUUCCUUGAAAGUGAAGGACCUCUUAACCCACUUUUGGCAAGCUUCUUUAGCAAAGUUAUGGGGCUGCUCAUUGCAAGGAAAAGUGAAAGUAUGGUAGAAUUUCUCCAAGGCAAGGACGACUUUGUUGGGGCUCUGCUGAGUCAUCUCGGGACAUCUGCCAUAAUGGAUCUGCUUCUACGUCUCAUAACAUGUAUAGAGUGUCCAGAAGUUAGACUUAAUGUGAUAACAUGGUUAAAUGAGCAAAAGUUGGUGCAGAGACUGAUUGGCCUCUUGGAUAGUACUGUUCAAGAAGAGAAACAUUGUAAUGCAUCUCAGGCAAUCUGUGACAUGAUCAAACUUAGUCGUGAAAGAAAUGUUCAGAUGCAAGAUGAGGCUGAGCCAGACCCACUUCUGGAAACGUUGGAAUCACCGGACACGAUAUCCGACAUGCUUACGCACAUGUUUGACCACAAGAUGAAUGAGUCUGUACUAGUCAAUGGUCUCGCAAUCUUACAGACUCUGUUGGAGUUCAAGAGACCCGUUGCAUUGUUUGCAAGUUUUGAAGGAAAUCAAGAGACAAUGACACAACUUGAUGAAGAGAGACUACAGCAGGGUAUACACAAUACGCUGCAAGCUCUGAUCCCUAGGUUAAAAGACAUUCACAAUUUGCUGGUAGAACCACCUAAGCAAUAUUACAACACAAUGCCUACAACACUUGGAUCGUUAGACCCACCACUGGGAAACACUCGGUUACAAGUGUCUCGUCUAAUAGCCACAGUAGUAGCAACAAAUACAUCUAGUGUUGAUCUAGAAUUAGUCAACUUGGGGACCAUUAAGGUUUUAUUAAAUUUAUUUUAUGACUAUAGCUGGAAUAAUUUUUUACAUACACAAGUGGUGCACUUAAUAACGUCUAUAUUAAACAAUGCGGCGGUUACAAUUGAUGGUGAAGAGAAGCAUCCUCUUUUGCAAGAGGUUGUCUGUGAAUGCCGAUUAUUAGAGAAGCUUUUAGAUAGCUGGGAGGACAAUGAACAAAUUCAGGCAAGACCUGGUGGGCAUCGAAGAGGAUUCAUGGGGCAUCUAACAAAAAUGGCCAAUGAAUUUGUGCAGGUCACAGAACGGGGGAAUAAUGUGGAACGAAUUAAGGAAUUGUUAAAAGAAGUUCCAGAUGAUGUUCAAGAAAAGUGGGAUUCUUUUGUCUCAGGAACACUAGCAGACUGCAACAAGAAAAACACUGUUGAUCUAGAGCUCCCAUGUGGACCUGACCUUCUGGCCAGAGUGGGUGCUCAUCCGUUGCCCUCGAGUAGCGAGGAUGAUGAUGCUGAUUUUAGUAACAUUCCAUUUCCCCAGGAUACAGCCAUGCAACAGGCCUUCUCUGAUUACCAGCUCCAACAAAUGACCAGCAAUUUCAUUGACCAGUUCGGAUUCAACGAAGAAGAAUUCGCUGAGCAGAAUGAGCAUGUGGAUUCCCAAUUCAAUGAUAAGAUCUCCAGUAUUGACUUCAGUAUUAGUACCAACGAGGAGCCUCCAAAUGCUGCCAUGUUUGAACAAGUGUGUAAUCAAAGGAUACAGCGCUUCGAUGAUGCUGAGCGAGACAGUGACGAGGAUGUCUGGGAAGAAAAAGAAAUCACUUAUUCUCCAGGGAUGGAUUCGGAAAAACAGAGUGUGCCUCAGCGGAGAGCUCGGGCCGGUGCAAGUAGCGAUGAGGACAGCUCGGACGAAGAAGAUUUAGAUUCACCAGCCGUUAUACGAAGUCAACCUCCUAGUGCUAGUUCAACGGAAAAAAUGGAUGUUGAUUCAACUCAAGACUGGCCAGCCAAUUUCCAUGAUGAACCGAUGGAGCCAGCACCAGUUGCCAUGGAUACAGUCCCCUCUGCCUGGGAGAAUCCAGCACCUUCAAUACCUCAAGAAACAGGCUGGGCCAGUUUUGGUGAUGCAAAGUCCGAGGGAGCUGCUGGAAAAGAUGAAGAAUGGGCCGAUUUUACUAGUUUCUCUUCGAUGGAAGCCACAACAUCAAACAGUGAUCAACCAAGAAGUAGUUCCCCUGAUAGGAUGGACAUAGCUGAAAGUACAUCAAGUCGAACAGCAGCCUAUGUGGUGCCAAAUGAUGCUGAAAGUAAAGAAGUUGCCAGCAGUUCGGAUUCAACCUCCAGCAAUCCAUCCUCCUCAUCAGAUGCCAAAGAAGCUGUGGCGCCUAAGUCUCCGGCCACAACGGAUGUGAUGGCAGUUGAACCAGAUUCAACAUCAUCGGAUCCUCUACCUGACAAUGGCACGGCUCAAUCUUGUGAUAAUCAUUCUUCAUCACAAGACAAUACUAAUUCAGAUGAUGUGACUAACCUGACAGAGUUUAACGCUGAACUGCCUCCAGACCAUGAUGAGGAAGAUGACGAUCUCAGUGAUAAUUUUAAUUUUCUCGCUGCCAGGGGUCUUAUGAAAACAGUAAAGCCAAACAAAGUAGAGACAGAAGUCCAUGGGAAUGGACCAACUGAGCCUGAUUCUUCCAUAGAUACUUCACCUAAAAAGUUAGAAACAAAGGAGUCGUGUAGUAGUCCUGCAGACAGUGCAACGAGUCCGCCUGUAACACUCAACGGACCUGUUUGAUGAUAACCAUAGUCGUUAGUGUAUAUGAUGAGAAACAGUUUUGACACAUAUACACAUGGCAUGGGUUGACCUGAGACCAGGCAAAUGUGUCUUUGGUGAUUUUGGACAAUGUGAUAAUGGCCAGGGUUGUCCAUGGACGAUGCAACUUUGUCGUCGGGCAAUGCUGCCAAUGAUGGGUCACCACCUUCGACAAUUUUGGAUUACAGUUAUAUCUCAGUGUGUUGCAUUGCCACUGUAAUUAUACAGACUCUCAUUGAUCCACUCUCUAUUUGAAUAUCCUUGUCAAUUCUGCAGGUGUUUGGUUGAUAUCAAUUAGGCAUUGAGAACUAUCCUCAAAAUUCUAGUCCUCGGUGUUUGGGCUAGAAGUGGGUGUUUUUUUUAAAUGACGACUGCUCAAAUUUUGGAGAUAGUUCUAUAGAUCCUGUAAACCCAUUCAUUUUAUGAGCCACUCCUUUUUGCAACUAUAGGAAUGUGAAGUACAACAUUUGAAGAUUGUUAGUGAUCUUCUGUCCGACUCGAAUUGUGUAGUAAAAUGGAAAUACAGUGUACACUUUUUGCUCUCAGAUGAAUGGGUUUCACGGUCACUGUGACAUUGUGAGUUGAGGUAUUAUAUACUCCGAGCCAUUUUAAGACCCUGCUGAAACCAUGUUUCAUAACAUUGUGCAUUUAAUGACAUCAGAGGCCUUCAUUGAAAGUGUACUGUACCGUUGAUUUGCGCCAAUUUGUUUGGAAUACACUAAGAUAAGAUCCACGAGUCCUUUUACACUGGGGUUAAAUCCAGCUGUAUUUGUGUGCUCCAAAGAGAAUGCUCCAAUUUAAAAGUUCACCUUCUUGUACAACCUGGUGCUCAAGCUAUCCAAACAGAACUUUUGAUUUGAGUAAAGCAAAAUAAGUUAUGAAAAAAACACAAAAAGCUCACCUCAAGUCAAAUAUUUAAUGUUGUUGUCCACCUUCAGAUAUGUGAAAUUUUAUUGGUUGCCAUCUGAUCCUCAUUCCUGGAAUGUGUAAAAGGUGUGUGCAUUAAAAACCAAAAUGUUGGCAGCCAAAAUAUAGUAAGAUAGCUGGUGUUCACUCAUAUCCUUAAGAUUAUAAUAACUGUCUCUCCAAAUAACAUUUUAACUGGAUGGGGCAUGAGGUUCGUGCAUGCAUUGUUAUGUGAUGAUACAUUUUGUGCAAACUGAGUGCAAUGUCUUAGUAUAGUGUGUCUAUGUAAUACUAUAUGCAAGAUUCUUCAUAACAUUUCUCCUCCCAAGCUUGUCGUAAACAUUGCUCUGUGUGUUCUGUUGCGGGCCAAAACAUUUCCUCUAGGUUUUUACCAUAAUGGUCACAAUGAAAUAUCUGGCCUGAUAGUAUGUAGAAAUACUAGAAAAGUUGAAAUUUUCUAAAAGGUGUUUAUCACAAUGAUCUCUACUCUGUUAUGCUUGAAAUCUUCUGGGGCCUCUAUAUUCGUCGUUUGGAAAUAUAUUUUCCUGGGCAACAUCGCAUUGCUGUUUGAAAUCAGGGCAGUGAUAGACUUAUGAUUGUUAUCAGCAUUGUCAAGGGUAGAAAGAGAUCCCCCUCGGCCAUGCCCAGUGUCUUUUCAAGCUAAAAUGUGUCUGUAGUCUUUGUACUGUGUAAAUAUCCUGUAUAUUAAAGUAUUUUUAUAUCGUACGAGAUGUGAAGGCACUGAACAAUCAUAAAAUCACUAAGGCUUUUAAAAUUGUUUGCUUUGUAAAACAGAGGAUGUGUUGUAUUUUUCUGUCAAUGGAUUCAUCAUGUCAUGUGAGUGUGCUUCUCUUGAAUACUCUAAAGGUUGGUCAAGUAAUGUUCGGGGUGCCAAGGUAUGAUUUUCCCUGGGAUUCGAGUGACUGCUUUUGUAGAAAAUUGUAAUAUAAAUUGACAGAAGCCUUCAGUUGAUUUUGGAACUAUUAGAAUCGAUUUUGGUUAUAUCAGCAUUGAUUACUGGACGAAUCAUUCUGAAACGUCAUUGUAAAAUAGCCUAAGAUGCCAUUGUAUGGUUUAAACUUGGUAUUGACAAGGUGUGUAUUAUCAUGACUGCAUUUUUACUUUUGGCCGGUAAUGUUUGGCUCAGUUACUUUCAUUUUCCCUUUUCCUUUUGGCUUUUAUGUCUCUUUUAAGGUCAUAGAAAACCUCUGCUGUACAUGUAUCUUUCUAGAAAUGUACAGAUGGUCUCAAUGAACUUGAGAAGGGGUGUAGUUCAUAAGCCCCAUUUGUCUUUUGGUAGCAUUUCAUUAUGGAGCAUUAUAUUGUGUAAUAAUUCUGCCACUCACUUAACUUAUAACUUAAGCCUGUUCAUUCAAGAGAUGUCAUGAAAUUGUGUACAAUGUUGCUAAUCACCCCUUAAAAAGGAAAUGGAAAUGUCUAACCCUUGUUUCUUGCAUUCCAAUUUUCCUUUUAGAGGGGUCUAUUUGUGAUGUAGAUAAUAAAUUAGAAGCACGCCUUCUAAAUUGUAUAUAUUUGUAUGUAGAAGACCCACCUCUGUAAUUUUGACAUGUGUAAUUAUAGUGGUGCUUAAGAUGGACUUCCUUCUAGCAAAUGUUACUUAACGUCCCCAGUACCUGGCCUGUUGAAGCCGGUACUGAUAACUGUGAGUGUUUUUUCAGAGGUUUGCCAGACUUUCUUCAUAUCACUUGAAUGUGAGCUGUUUAAGCGCAGCUGAUAAAAAACCUAGUUCUUCUAAAUUAUUUCAAACCGGGUAAUAUUUGCGACCAUUUUAUUUUCGUGAUUUUCGCAAUUUGAGAGGCAGAUGCAAACUUUUAACUCACUAAAGUGUCAACUCUGAGGCAUUAACUAUUAAAGUUUGGCACCAAGCAUGGAAGUUAGUCUACGCGAAAUAAAAAAUGAGGGACUUUGUGAACUUUUCACUUUGCAAACAUUGUCCGGUUUACAGAACAUUACUAUUUAGGUAACUUAGGGUUGCCUGUAAUCAUCUGCAUUCUCAUGAGAGCUUUAACCAUGGGGGGGAUUAGCUUAGAGUAUGGGCCACUCUGAACGUUUUAUGGGUGAUGUUGAGGUGUGCAUGGCUCAGGGGGCAGUUUUACUCCUCAGAAUUUGUUGAUGACUUUUGGUGACCCAUUGUUUAUCAGCUUUGGUUUAACGCAUGUGUAUUUAUUUUGGCAUGCAUAAUAAUGCUGUGUGAGAUUUUUAUCAAUGUCAAACUGGCAUGGAGCUCUUUUGGUCUGGCACACAUUUCGUACUAUGGUUACAUAUCGACUACUGAACCCUGAGCAGCCUGUAUUUAUUUGACAGUUUGAUGUGGGCUUCUCAUGUCAACGGAGCCGUAGGCAGAAUAGCAGUAAAUGGUUCUGAACUUCAUUCUGAGCUGGUAUAAAGUGUUCUAGAACAAUGGUCUCCGAAGAAAAGUUGUGUUAGGGUUAUUGGGACAUUUGAACUGGCUUGGGGAAAUCUUUUCAAACUGUUGGCAAUGGUCAGUUUGGGUAAAAUCAAGAAUAAAUAAAGUAUUUAUUUACUCUUGGUGAUAUUUACUGUAAUUCUAUUACUUAAUUUCAUGUUGCUUGUAAGAAGCAUGAUUCAUUGCUGGUCAGGAUUUUACUAACCGAACAUACUUAUAUUCCCUGAUAAACAAUAGAUAGGGUGGCAGUUUCUUCAGUAAAGGCGUGCUGUGUUUGGAAUAUAUCAUAUGUAUCAUGUUCUAUAAUCCUCACGAUUGCUCAAUAACAACGGGAGUAGAAUUUAAGACUGAAAGUUUGUGCUUUUAUAUACUGUGUGAUUGUUUCCAUUUUGAAAAGCCUUUUGUCAAAUCUGAAAACAAGUCCAGAGUUAUACGCUAUGUUGGUCUUGGUGCACUUUCCCCUUACAUGUGGACAUGCCAUUCGGGGACAGGGUUUUAAAUUCAUCAUCUUGUUGCUAAGGUUUCUCCCAGUGAUCCCUGUAGUUACUAUUUUGCAAUAAAUUGAAAUCAAUGAAAAA